GACAGCACUGUGAUAAGCACAUGAGUGACAGGGAUAAUAAAAUGUUUAUAAAGGAGCAGCAACAAUAAGGGAAUAGCCCUAUACAGUCUACUGAAUGGUUUCAUAUCCAUUGUGUGUGUGUUUGUGUGUGUGUAGGGUAGAAGGAAGAUGGGGGAAAUUGAAGAUUGAGAAAGGUCAUUCAGCUAGUUAAUGGCAAAUCCUGGUUUGAGUUUAGGAGUUCUGAUCCUGCAGGUUUACUUAGAGUCAUUCAGAGUUUUGUCCAUUUGGGCUACUCGAUAGAGUGAAACACACUGCUUUUUGACUAGUGUUAGGAUCCAUCAAUGUAGACUGUUCAUUCGUAAAAUCACCCUGCUGGAAAGAGCUAGUUUAUCGUAGCAGAGUUGCUUGUGGAAUAAUGUCUUACUGGAUACCCUUGAGAUUUGAUAUUUGGAAUGAAAAGGGCCAAGAGAUUAUCAUUAAAAUAGACUGGUUUUAGGGAGGACUGUUGCUCAUGACAAGGCUGUCACUAUUGUUCUACACUAUUUAACAUGAUGGGGCAAGGCCGACCAGCUUCAACCUGUGUUCAUCUAGCAUCUAGUGCCCAACUAGAUGGGAGGAGUGACCCCAUGAAACUUCAGACCCAGAACCAGCUGCAGUUUAAUAGGAAUGUUCCUACACAUUCAAGCAACUUGGCAAUCCGAUAUUCUUGCCCACAUGCAAUUAGAAUUGAAAAACUGAAGCACUCGUACAAUGAAUCAUACCAUUGUAAAGAUGCAGAUUUUAGAGUUGAUCCUGACCUAAGCAGUUCUGUUUCAUUUUCCGUCAUAUCAGAAGAGAGACUUAGCUAUGCUGUCCACCUAGCCAAAAGAGAUGUGAAACGAAGACAAUUUGAAGAACGUAUAAAGGAACAUCAUCUCAGAAUUCAACCCCAAAGCUCUCAGAAAUGUGGACAUACUAAGUAUAAAAUAUCUGACCACAGGGUGGAAAGGAAGGAAUCAAAGAGUCAAGAAGUGUGUCAGUGCAGCCACCAGCCAUCCAAAGUAGAAAUUUCCAGCUCGGGUGCCAAGGUAUACCUGUACACAUCUCAUCCAGGACAGUCAAGUCUUAAUGUGCCAAAUUCACCACCCACCCGUGAUCCAGGACUCUGUCAGCCACAUCCCAGGAUAAAUGACCACAAAAACUUAAGUGAACAGACAAGUCUACUAGAAGUCCAGCGUCUCCAGAAAGAAUUGAGCAGUUGUAUCCACAAAAUUGAAGCGGUAACUAAAAAAGACAGACUAGAAGAGGCUUUGGAUCCAGAUGAAGAACGCCGAGUCCGUGUCAGGAGACAGGAGCAAGCUGUUCGUUCUGCUCGAAUGCUCUACGUCCUCCAGCAGCAGGUAAAAGAAAUCCAGGAAGAAUUGGAUAAAUUGAGUCCACAUAAAAUUAAACACACUAAGAAGUCAUGGGCAAUGUCUAGGCUGGCAGCCGCCCAUCGAGGAGCCAUUCGGGCCUUACAGAUGUUUGUCACUCAGUUUACUGACCGAGGGGAACACCCAGUUCCUACAUGGUGUAGGGAGCUGGGCAGCCUUAUCCGCCAGCUUUCACUUUGUUCUGCCAAGCUGGAUGCCGAUCCUUCUGUUCCUGAUGUGGUUAUAGAUAUUCUGCAACAAAUUGAGGCUUUGGAAUCUCUUCUGGAAAAGAAACUGUCACCCAAAAAGGUGAAGAAAUGUUUCAGUGAAAUUCAGAAUAGAUUUCCCAUUGGUAGCCAGAGGACCUUAGAGAGAUGGCCAAGUACAUCACCAAAGAGCAAGAGGAGAGCCUUUGUAGCAAAGGAGACAUUUCCAUGGGAAAUGAGUCGACCUUCAGUGGCAAAGAAACUUCUUGCUGAUAAGUGUGAGCCUGAUGCAGAGCUUCCAGUGACCCAGAGGUUGGAGAGUGAGCUUGAUUUAUUAGAUGCGGAUAUCCUUCCAGAAGAAGCCCCACUUAUUCUAGACCAAAGUGCAAGCUUCAAAGAUGAGGCAAUAGCCCCGGCAAAAACAAAAGCAGUGAAAAAGAAGCCUGUGACUGAGAAUGUGCCAUUUAGGAAGAAAGACACUCUGGCGCCAGCGAGACUACAGCAAGGAUUCCACAAAGCUGAAAGAAGUAAACCAACCCAACCUCACAGUAAAAGCAGGUUGCAACAGACAACAGUCUCGUCCAGGUUAAAAAUGAACCGACAGCCUGUGAAAGACCACAGGGCUCCGUGGAUACCUCCAAACCCCACGUCACCACCGGCAUCUCCUAAAUGUGCUGCAUUGCUAAAGGUGAAAUCGAGCCCUAGAGAUGCCACAAAAGAGUCUCUCCAGCAAGAAGUUACUCAAGAGGAAGGUCAGUUGAGAGGUGCUGUUGAGCAUGAAGCAGCCAGGCUCGCUUGGCUUGAUGCUGAAACUUCCAAAAGAUUAAAGGAACUAGAAGAAUUAAAAGCCGCAGAAAUGGAUAAAAUGCAAAAAAGGAGGCUUGACUGGCUUGAUGCUGAAACUUCUAGAAGAACAGAGGAACUAAAUGAACCCAAAACUGAAGAAAUGGAUAGACUUCAAAAAUUGAGUGUUUCUGCCACCCAGUUAGACAAGGUUGAGGAGUCUGUUCUGGAGCGUUUGAAGCCUCUCUUGGCGAAGGCCCAGAGAGUCAAUUCUUCUACAGAAGCAAAUAAUCAUUUGAAGGACGGUCCAUCAGUAAACAUAGCGACAGCCCAGCCUGCAGGGGAGGCUACAGCCGUUGAUUCCAAAUCCAACAACAUUCAUCAGCUGGAUGAAUUUUUGGAGGAUACUGCUCAGGAGCUCUGGACUAUGACUCAUGCUAAGAUCUUGGGGUCUGAAACGUUAGCCACCUUGGGUGACAGCAAGGACAAUCCCAACCUGGAAAUCAUGAUGCUCCGAAUGGAGGAAAUGGAGAAAUACCAGGAGACAGUUCGCCAAAGAUAUAACAAAAUUGAAUAUGCUGAUCCUCAAUUUUGGAUGCAGGAAGGAAAAAAUGACCAAGAGAUCCCAGCAGUAAGCCAAAUGCCUUUGCCUCCUCAUCCAAUCAAGAUCACAAAGACAGCAGCUCAAAAGGAUCCAGCCGUGAACAUCGUGUUAGAAAGGCCCUGUAACGGCAAUUCCUUGGAUGAAAGUGUGGGAACGGAGGAGACAUCAGAGAAAAGAGAAGCUCCCCUUCCCUCCCUUGCAGAAGAUUCUCAACGGAAAGAAGGCCAAGCUCUCCUCUUUGUCCCACCGGGUAUGCGGCACAGCAUUGGUGACUACUGUAGCCGUUUUGAGCAGUAUCUCCGGAUGGUAUCCCACGAGGCCAUAGGCUCCUUCAACCCGUGGCUGAUAGCUGAAAGCUUUUCAGAAGAGCUGGUAGAUGAAGCGCUGGAGGCCGUUGCUGCUGAACUUCAGGAUAUGUGUGAAGAUUAUGCAGAAGCUGUGUUCACCUCAGAAUUCUUAGAGGCUGCUACAUGAAGGCUCUGCAAGGUGGGGCCCUCAUGUCACACUGGAGAAGGGACGGCACCAUCUGGGUUUAGCCCACAGGAAAUCUUUAUCCUCAGCUGUCCGUCUGGCCAGAAGGUGCUGCCCACUGAAAGGAAGGAAAUGCCGAUGAGGUCGUCCUUGCUUUGCAUUUUCUCUUUGUCAUAGCAGUGGUUCUGGAAGUUUAUGAUGGAAUGUUGUUACAUUUAUCAGUGCCCAAGAAAUGUGAAUUGAUUAACACAAUAUAAUAUUUUCAGAAUGUAUAAUUUCUCCAUUGAAAAUACUAUGUUCCUUCCUCUGGCUUAGUUUGGUGAUCACAAUGUUCUGAAAGGUAAUAGAUAAGUGUAUUUCACACAGGGGAUCAGAUUCCUGUUGAACCCACGGCUGGAGUUGAUGCCAACACAAGUGCAGUCACUAGCUGGUCCCAUCACCAGGCUCAUGUUUUGCAUCUUUAGCGAUUGCUGUCAGGACCCCUAUCCCUGCUAGGCUGUAGACUUAGGUGGAGCACAGUUUGCUUAUGCUGCCAAACCUCUGCUCUGCUGCAGCUUAUUAAAAAGAGGAGCUCCCCAGUUGUCAAUGCACAAUAAUAAACACAUUUUAAUGUUCAAGUCCUGGGUGAUUUUUCACAUUUUUAGUUCUUAAAUGUCUUUUAUUACUGUGCCUUGACACAUUCUGGUAUAAAAAACUUUCUCUGAAUUCAGAGGAAGUUGGGGACAUCAGGAGAGGACCAGGCCUUCUCCUGUGCCUCGUCAAAGGUGCCGAGCUCACUUUCUCUGAUGAGAUCAGAAACGUCUACAUUUCCACACCACGCAGGACCCCCAUGUGGGAGGAGAGAACAGAAGCAUGGUGUGUAGGCCUCUGUGUCUCCCCAGAGAAAGGAAGAAACUUUAGAAACACAGUAGCUGGGUCCUCAAAUGCCUUACAAGUCUUGUUUUACCAAGAGAAAAGACUCUGUGUUUUCAGAAACUCUGAAUUCAGAAAAAGAAAAGGAAUGUGCAUAAGAAUAAGGCCACUGCUUGGAAAAGUUUUCCUCAAUUUUUUGCCUGAGGCUUGGUCAAAGAAAUGUGGGAGAAGAAUGCCACGAGACACCCCCCAGGGAAUAAUGUGAAUCUUUUUAGAACAUACACAGUGUUGUCAUCUGGGAUUUUUCUCUAAAGUAGAAGUAUUUCAGGUGAUAAUUUAAGCUGCUUGAUCACACUUAUUUGUGCAAAAUUGAUUUUCAUUUAAUGUUAAUGUUUUCCUGCUUAAUUGUAUAUAACUUCAGAACUUAAAGAGCUUCAAGGGAAAUUACAGGUCUUUAACCUGGGGAAUUAAAUAUGUGCACUUGAAUUGAUAGGAGCACCUGUCGUUGCUAGUAUCAAGUAAUUUUUGUGGCAGUUUUUACUGUACUGAUUUUUUUUAAUAAACUCAAUAUUUUAAAGUA